GUGACAAUUUAUCAUUGGGACUUGCCUCAAUGUAUACAAGAUUUGGGAGGGUGGUGCAACAAACAAAUAAUAGAGUUCUUUACUCUCUAUGUUCGAGUGGUGUUCAGAACGUUUGGCGAUCGUGUGAAAUAUUGGAUAACUAUCAAUGAACCUUACUUAGUAUCAGAGAGCUACGGAAAUGAAUCCGGAGCCCCUGCAUUAAACAAAAGUGGUUUUGGGGAUUAUUUGGCGGUUCAUCAUACAAUAUUAGCACACGCAACUGCUUACCAUCUAUACAACCGAGAAUUUAGACCAUUGCAAAAUGGACAAAUAGGUAUAAGCUUAAACAUGGAAUGGUACUAUCCAAAAAAUGUAAAUUCCUUAGAAGAUCAUUACGCUGCCCAUCGAGCUCGUAUGUGGCAGUUUGGAAUUUUUGCCCAUCCGUUAUUUUUCGGAGACUAUCCAGAAGAUGUAAAAAAAAGGGUUAUGGAGAUUAAUAAAUUUAGCGGAAUAUCAUUGAAACGACUGCUUGAUUUUAAUGAAAAUGAAAA